AGGGUGAGGGUUAAAACGUGAGCAUGUGGAAGCAAUUACCGGCUGCAGGCAGGAUCGCUUCUCUCUCGGCUUGCCGGGUGCUACCAGCCAAGUCUGUUUCUACAUCAACCAACGCCACAAUAUUACCUCCUCAUCUGAGUGCGGAAACCUCAGGAACUGCACAGUGGUGCUCUCUCCAUGGAAAUUUGUUUGGGAGGGGAUCUCGAUUCAAACAGUGACUCAGUCGCAGACACCAAAGAGGAAAUCCCAUAUGGACUUGUAAUGUGGAGUGUGGAGUGCUCAGCACUACAUCUGGGAGGGGUCAGGAGGUUAUUGAUAUUAUACUGCUGGGACUGGUGGAAACGCAUAAAUAGCUGCAAAAAGCGCAGCUAUCUUGCAGUCUUUCUCUGGACGCCCGGGGACAGGUGACCUCCACUUAAGUCUUCUGUAGAAAGCCCAUCUGUCUCUGCAAACCCGAAACGAAAAUGGAAAAGAUCACAUCAACAAACUGCUGGCUGCAUUGUGUCACCCUGAUGCUGUCUGUGCUGCCUGGAGUCCCUGCGAUGCCGGUAGAUGUGGACCGUGUGUGCAUGGCGCCGUCCACAGCCAAGUACAGACUGACGUUUGCUGGCAAGUGGAGUCAGACUGCCUUUCCCAAGCACUACCCUCUGUACAGGCCGCCUGCUCAGUGGUCCCCCAUAUUUGGAGUAACUCACAGCUCAGACUAUCACAUCUGGGAAAGGAACGAAUACGCCAGUAAUGGGGUGAGAGAGUUUUCUGAGAGAGGAGAGGCUUGGAGUCUUAUAAAAGAGGUGGCGGCAGCUGGGGAGCAAAUCCAGAGCGUCUACGGUCUCUUCUCAACACUGCCUGUAGUUGGAGGGACUAACCAGGCCACCACGGAAUUUGAGGUUUAUGCAAGACACUCUUUGUUGUCAUUCAUUGUGCGCAUUGUGCCAAGUCCAGACUGGUUUGUUGGAGUAGACAGUCUGAACUUGUGUGAGGGGGAUCACUGGAAGGAGAACAUAAGCCUAGAUCUUUAUCCCUAUGAUGCCGGCACAGACAGUGGUUUCACCUUCUCUUCACCCAAUUUUGAGACCAUUCCUCAAGACAAGAUCACUCAGAUAACCUCAUCUUUCCCAAGCCACCCUGCAAACUCCUUCUACUAUCCCAGACUCAAGCAUCUCCCUCCAAUAGCCAGGGUCCUCUUAACCAAGAUCAAGAACAACCAGAUCUUCAGCUUACCUAUUCAUCCAACCCAGUCUAAUCAGAUUCCAGUUGGGAAUGAAAUAGACGAGUCUCUCAUAAAUACUCCCCUGGACUGUGAGGUGUCUGUCUGGUCACCUUGGGGUCUUUGUACGGGUCAGUGUGGUGAGAAGGGGGUGAAACACAGAACUCGCUAUAUUCACAUGCAUCCUGCAAACAAUGGAGUUGUCUGUCCACCUUUAGAAGAAGAAAAGCCCUGUAUUCCUGACAACUGUGUGUGAACAUGAGGAGGACAUCAAGAUCAAUCAUAUCCAUCCUGAUCCUGCUCCUUAUCUGUCGCUCAUCCACAGGGCAGAAUUCACUGGAAUAACAGUACCUGUCUGGUCAUGUGAGGUAUUGGGACUGUAGGUUAAGCUGAACAUCACAUAUAAAACAUCUUAAGACCCCAUAAAAGAAAUCGAAUCAGCCAAAGAAGUAGAGACAUUUUCAGUAACUGCAUUACAUUUGAAUGUAAAAUAUGAUUUCUGAAUACAGCAAUAUUUGCUCUAAAAGCAGGAGCUUAGGUUGAAUUUGCUGUAAUUUUAUAGACUGACCUCAUGCACUGUUCAAGGAAUCGUUCUUUGGUGAAACACCAGUGGCAUUAUCAAGCUAAACAGAGAAGACAAAUCACCUUUUGUAAAUAAAUACUUUGUUCUUGUCAAUAUAUUUUGUAUCAGUGGAUGGUACUGUCUGUACAUUAAAUGGCAAACUGUACUGUAUAUACCAUUGUAAAUAAAAAAUAAACU